AUGGCCUCAUAUUAUAUUACCAUCAUUAAAUCACUGGCCACAAAAUUACCUUCUUAGCAGCCCAAUGGCUGCUUCUUUCUCCUUCACUCAGAUCCCCACCGUUUCCCCUCUACAUCAAAACCCAAAAAAAACCGACAAAACCCAUGAGAAAUCCCCUAGAAACACAGAUUCAGAAGAUCAUGUAACCCAUCUUCUCUAUAAUUUCAAGGCCCCAUUUGAGCUCAAACAAGUCCACUCUCACAUCAUAAAAAACAAUCUCUCUCCUACAAUUCUCCCAUUAAACAAAGUUGGUCACAUAUGUUCUCUCUCUACCCCAGUUUCUCUCUCUAACAACUUUGAUUACGCUCGAAAGAUCUUUGAAAGCGUCGACAAGCCAGAGAUAAUCAUAUGGAAUUCUAUACUCAAGGACUUAGCAACAGGUGAUAACCCAAGAGAAGCAAUCCUCUUGUUCACAAAAUUAAGGUUCCAUGACAUUUUACCAGACACAUUUGGUUGUUCUUUUGUAUUAAAGGCUUGUUCUCUCCUACUGUCUCUCUAUACAGGCAAAAUCAUUCAUGGUUUUGUCUUGAAAUCUGGUUUUGGCCCGGACAUAUUUGUGCAAAACACAUUGAUUCAUAUGUACGCAUGUUGUGGAGUAAUGGGUGCUUCAAACCAAAUAUUUCAUAAAAUGGAUCAAAGAGAUGUUAUAACAUAUAACACCAUGAUAACCCAUAAUUUUAAAAUUGGAGACUACGUGGCAGGGCGCCAUUUGUUCGAUGAAAUGGGUGAGAGAAACGUGACCUCAUGGACGGCCAUGAUUGCAGGAUACACUCAACUAGGCAAACCUGAGGAGGCAAUAAACAUGUUUCAUGAAAUGGAGAAAGCAAAGGUUAGGCCUAAUGAAGUUACAGUGGUCAGUGUUCUGUCGGCUUGUGCAGAUAUGGGAGCACUAGACCUAGGAAGAAAGCUUCAUUUGUAUAUAAAAAGAAGAGGAUUUUGUUCGAAUAUACGCGUUUGUAACACAUUGAUUGAUAUGUAUGUGAAAUGUGGAUGUUUAGACAAGGCUCGAGAAGUCUUCUACGAAAUGCAAAAAAGAACAGUCGUCUCAUGGUCGACCAUGAUCAUGGGUCUAGCCGUGCAUGGUCAUGGCUUGGAGGCAUUCAAGCUCUUCGAUAAGAUGAAAGAGGAAAAUGUGAGGCCUAACAGGGUCACAUUUGUUGGUAUUCUGCAUGCAUGUAGCCAUAUGGGGUUAGUGGAAGAGGGGCUAAGGCUCUUCGACAGCAUGGUUAGGGACCAUGGCUUGGAGGCCGAAAUAGAGCACUAUGGGUGCAUGGUCGAUCUCUUUAGUCGAUCCGGCCUCCUAAAAGAAGCUCGUGAGUUCAUAGACACGAUGCCAAUCGAGCCUAGUGGUGCGAUAUGGGGAGCUCUGUUAGGAGGAUGUAGAGUUCACAAGAAUGUUGAGAUGGGUGAAGAGGUCAUCAAGCAUUUGCUUGAGCUAGAGCCUCAAAAUGAUGGUUACUAUGUGGUUCUUUCUAACAUCUAUGCAGCUGCUGAUCGAUGGGAAGAUGCAGCUAGAGUAAGAAGGUUGAUGAAAGAGAGAGGAAUAAGGAAAACACCAGGGUGUAGUUCAAUUGUGGUAGAUGGAAUUGUUCAUGAGUUUUUGGCUGGAGAUGGAUCACACCCUCAAGCCAAGGAAAUAUAUGAGAGAUGGGAGCAAUUAGCACAAGAAUUGAAGCUUGAGGGCUAUGUUCCGGACACUUCUCUGGUGUUGUUAGAUAUGGAGGAAGAGGAGAAGGAGCACUCUCUCUAUCGACACAGCGAGAAAUUAGCUGUUGUUUUCGGGCUUAUGAACGCACCACCCGGAAAGCCGAUAAGGAUCAUGAAGAACCUUAGGGUGUGUAGGGACUGCCAUGUCGCUUUAAAACUCGUCUCGAGAGUCAGCGGUCGCCAAAUAGUGUUACGAGAUCGAAAUCGGUUCCAUUGUUUCAUGGAUGGAGAGUGUUCUUGCCGGGAUUAUUGGUAAUAUGACAUAUUGAUCAAAGUAUAUUUACCAACUCGACCAAAAACAAAAGAAAAGAAAAAAUGUGGCAUAUUGUUUGAAGGCACCUAAAUUCCACCCCUUGUUACAUGUAUCCUAUAUUAUGUUGAUUUGAAUUUAUGCAUUUUAUGCUUUGGGG